CAUCACUCUGACGCGAGCGAAAGGGACCGGGGUGCUUCCGUACCCCUUUCAUAACCCAGAAUUUUUGACGUUUUCUUCAUUCACGUCCCUAGAACACACCCUACUCACUAUGCUCUGGGUCAUAUCAUCCAGCUAGACAUAGAUUCCCUCAGGUCUCCGGCAAUGCUGUCCGGUAUAGACGAACUCUUCGACGCGGUGUCUGAUCCUCCGAGAUCAGGACAUGACGCGUUUCCUCGCCACCAAAUACAUUGGACCUUUGGCAAUGCCGACGAAGUGGAUGAUGAUGUUCCGAUUGGAUCAAGCUCCAGAUCUCUCAAUGUCCUUCCCUCCUCAUCUACGCCUUCACGCCAACGCCAGCCGUCGUUUCGCCGGCCGACACUACCUUCUUGUGCUGGGAAAAAGUCCCCUGCCCGCAUCAUAAAUUCACCCAACCAACGCGAUAGGAAUCCACUGGACUUGUCUUUUGGAGCAUCGCCAUCAAAGGCUGAGAUAGAGCAACGAAGUGGAGUAAUUCCUGCCAGGCCGAAACGAGCGUCAAAGUCAGCAGAGCAGACUCUGUCCAAGUGUGAGCUGGCUGUCCUCGCCCUUUGCCAAGCGAAAGAGAUCCAGAUGUUUACAAUGAACGGUGGCUUCAGUGUAUUUGGCCAACGAAAGGAUGGCUUCGCGUCGCAGUGAGCAGGACGCAGUUGCAGCCGGACAGAGCUGGCAUGCUCCCGUGACGAGCGCUUUGGUGAACACGGGUGUUUACAGCGCGGCUUUGGGCUUGACCGCGUAUCGUCUCAUUCGGGGCGAUCUGGGUUCGUCCGACCGUGAUAAAGACGCAGUCUCGGCUCGAAAAGGUGCUAAUCCCUUCGACAACCCUCAUCAAGAUAGUGCCGAUUCUAGAGCGACGACCUCUUUGCCCGUAGAGUCUUCACAGGAUUGUGUUCGAAUACGACCACUCAGUACCUCUUCUGAUCGGCCACCGCCUUAUGAAGUGCUAAACGGACGCCAGAGGGAAGAGACUGUGAAGGUGGAUGAGGAUGAGGAUGAGGAUGAGGAUGAGGAUGAGGAUGAGGAUGAGGAUGAGGAUGAGGAUGAGGAUGAGGAUGAGGAUG